UUUCCCACUCUUGUUAUACCCUGGUUAAACACGUUGUGAGGAAGGGCACAGAUAGUUAACCUUUGUUCUUGUUAUUUAAGUUUGGUAGGUAAUGCUUUCUUUGCACUUCCAAAAGUGUUUUUUGCAACGGUUAAUAAUAGCAAUUCUAGUUUUGUAAAGGCGGUUACUUGCUGGAGCACAGAAAUUGCUUUCAGCUGCGGUGCAAUGUCGACCGUGUGUGCUGCUGGUGUAGAGCCCGCACAGGCAGCUGAGGGGAUCCAGGAGAAGAAGCCCCUGAAGCCAUGCUGUGCCUGCCCAGACACGAAAAGGGCGAGGGACGCCUGCAUUAUUGAAAAGGGUGAAGAAAGCUGCACAGAUCUUAUCGAGGCUCACAAGGAGUGUAUGAGGGCACUUGGUUUUAAGAUCUAAACAUAAUGGAGUGGAAUUUAAAAGGCUGUUUGCACUUCUAUAGUCAGUCUCUCUCCUUCCCUGCUCUUACAGGAUGUGACUGAUGGGGUCUCUGAUGUACAUUUAUUUAUUCUGCAGAAGAUUGUUUCCAAAAUUAGUUUCUCUAAGUGAAAAUGUAUUUUUUUUUGGACUUUUUGUAUUUGAUAUUAAAGAAUCUAUGCAAUGUUA